CCCGUCCCACUCAGAGUGGCCGCGCUGGAGGCGUCGUGUCGCUCGGGGACCCCGCAGCCUGAGCCGCUUCGCGCACCGAGAAGAGCCGCAGCUUCGCACGCUGCGCUCCUUGGGAUUGUACUUCGCUUUGCUCCCCGAAGCGCUCUAAGAGAUGGGCGCUGCUCCCGCGGUGCGCCUCCUGGUGGCGCUGUGCCUCGGGCUCGGCUGCGCUGUCCGCUGUGCGCCGGAGACGGGCGCCCGAAGCCGCAGACAAUCGCAGCAUCAGGUGUUCCCGUCGCUGGAGGACGCCUCCCUGUCGCGCGACGGAUGCGUUGAAAAUGAUCGAUUUUAUACAAUUAACGAGCAGUGGGAGCGCUCCUAUCUGGGCAGUACGUUGCUCUGCACCUGUCACGGAGCUGCAGGAGUUAAAUGCAAAAGCAAACCUGCAGCCGAGGAAACGUGCUAUGAUAAAAUAAACGUGCGGUCCUACCGCGUGGGAGAGACGUACGAGCGGCCGAAGGAUUCGAUGAUCUGGGACUGCACGUGCAUCGGCUCCGGAAGGGGCAAAAUCAGCUGCACCAUUGCAAACCGCUGCCACGAGGGCGGCAAGUCCUACAAGAUCGGAGAUACGUGGAUGAGGCCCCAUGACAGCGGAGGCUACAUGCUGGAAUGUGUCUGUCUGGGCAAUGGCAAAGGCGAAUGGACUUGCAAACCUGUGGCGGAGCGUUGCUAUGACAACUCCGUGGGCACAUCCUACGUGGUCGGUGAAACCUGGGAGAAGCCCUAUCAGGGAUGGAUGAUGGUGGACUGCACCUGCCUAGGAGAGGGAAACGGCCGCAUCACCUGCACCUCCAGAAAUCGCUGCAACGACCAGGACACGCGGAGGUCCUACCGCAUCGGUGACACUUGGAGCAAGGUGGAUGCCCGCGGGAACGUUCUGCAGUGCCUGUGCACUGGGAACGGACGUGGCGAGUGGAAGUGCGAGCGUCAUACAUCCCUGCACACCAGUGGCCCGGGCACCAGCAUCCAGCCAUUCAUCUACCAGCCGCUGCCCCAUCCCGAGCCCCCCGUGGAGGGCACAUGUGUGACAGAAUCGGGUGUUUCCUAUUUUGUGGGCAUGCGGUGGAUCAAGACCCAGGGCUCCAAAGAGAUGCUGUGUACCUGCCUGGGCAAUGGCAUCAGCUGCGAGGAGUGGGAGGGCCAGUCGCAGGUCUAUGGGGGCAACUCAAAUGGUGAACCCUGCGUGUUCCCCUUCGUGUUCAUGGGGAAAACCUACUACUCCUGUACCUCCGAUGGGCGCACCGAUGGCCAGCUGUGGUGCAGCACCUCCUCCGACUAUGAGAGCACCCACAAGUACUCGUUCUGCACGCAGAAGAACGUGUUUGUUACCACCAGGGGAGGCAACUCCAACGGAGCUCUGUGCCAGUUCCCUUUCAUCUAUAGCGGACGCAACUACACUGACUGCACGUCGGAUGGUCGCCGCGAUGGCAUGAAGUGGUGCGGCACAACCGUCAACUACGACAGAGAGCAGAAGUUCGGCUUCUGCCCCAUGGCUGCUCACGAGGAGGUGUGCACCACCAGCGAGGGUGUGAUGUAUCGUGUCGGUGACCAGUGGGAUAAACGCCAUGAUCUUCUGGGUCACAUGAUGCGCUGCACGUGCAUGGGCAACGGGCGUGGCGAGUGGAGCUGCAUCGCCUACUCCCAGCUCAGAGAUCAGUGCAUUGUGGAUGGCCUAACCUACGACGUGAACCAGACCUUCACCAAGCGGCACGACGAGGGCUACAUGAUGAACUGCACCUGCUUCGGCCAGGGCCGUGGGCGCUGGAAGUGUGACGCCAUUGACCAGUGCCAGGAGCCUGAGACCCGGGCAUUCUACCAGAUCGGAGAAUCCUGGGACAAGCUGGUCCGUGGCAUCCGCUACAGAUGCUACUGCUACGGCAACGGCAAAGGGGAGCUGAGCUGCGAGCCCCAGCAUCCGGGUGGCCAGCGUCCUGUCCAUGUGAUCAUCACAGAGACUGGUAACCAACCUAACUCUCACCCCAUCCAAUGGAAUACCUCUCCAUCCACCCACAUCACCCAGUACAUCCUCAGGUGGAGACAGAAACAUGUUUCAGCACCCUGGAGGGAGGUAACCAUCCCAGGCCAUCUCAACUCCUACACCAUUGCUGGACUCAGAUCUGGUGUCACCUACGAGGGUCAGCUGAUCAGCAUCCUUCGUUAUGGGCCGCGUGAGGUCACCUACUUCGACUUUACCACAGCAUUUGGCUCCUUGGAAAAUAAAGAGGGUGAGACCACACCGCCCCCUCCGGUGGUGGACAUCUCGGAGUCGGUGACGGAAAUCACAUCCAGCAGCUUUGUUGUGUCAUGGGUGUCUGCCUCGGACACGGUGUCUGGGUUCCGUGUGGAGUACGAGCUGAGCGAGGAGGGAGGACAGCCCAAAGUCUUGGAGCUUCCCCGCACUGCCACCUCUGUCAACAUCAACGACCUGCUUCCGGGACGCAAGUACACGGUUCAAGUGUAUGAGGUGACCUCUGGGGAGAAGGGCAACCUCAUCCUCACCACCACACAGACCACUGCUCCCGAUGCCCCAAGCCAACACAAGGUGAGCAAUGUGGGAGAUACAUCCAUCAUGAUCACCUGGUCCAAGCCCCAGGCCCCCAUCACAGGGUACCGUGUGGUCUAUACCCCGUCUGUGGAGGGCAGCAGCACGGAGCUCACCCUCCCUGACACGGCCACCUCUGUAACCCUGAGUGACCUGAGGCCAGGCUCCCUCUACAACGUCAGCAUCUAUGCCGUGGAGGAGAACCUGGAGAGCACACCAAUCUUCGUGCAGGUUCCAACGACUGGAGAACCCCUGCCAGAACAAGUCCCAUCUCCAACCAACCUCCAUUUCUAUGAAGUAUCUGACACCAAGAUCAUCAUCACUUGGGUGUCGCCAUCAAGCGAGGUAUCAGGGUACCGUGUGAACGUGAGGCCCGUUGGGCCGGCUGGUACCCCUCAGAGGGAUUUCAAUCUUCCUACAAGCAAGAAUACCUUUGCGGAGGUCACCCGUCUUCAGCCUGGGACUUUGUACCGUUUCCACAUCUACUCCAAAAAGGGAUCUCUGGAGAGCAAACCGCUGGUUGGGGAACAGGCCACCAAACCGGAUGCUCCUGCCCAUGUGCACUUCUCCAACCUGACGGAGGACAGUGUCCUGCUGAUGUGGGUGGUCCCCAGGGCCAUCAUUACAGGCUACCGGCUGGUUCUCACUGCAGAAGGCUCCAGUGCCAAGCGUAUAAAGAUUCCUAAUCGGCAGUCCCAGUACACCCUGCUGAACCUGCUGCCCAACACAAAAUACAUUGUCACCUUGCACUCUGAGAAGGGUAGCAUGCUCAGUGAGGGUAUCGAGAGUGUCUUCACCACCUUGCAUCCCAUGGGAAAUGCUCCUCGUUUCACCACUGAUGUCACAGACACCUCCAUCAUCAUCACCUGGACCCCUGUCCCCACGAUAGCCUACAAGCUGUCAGUGAGGCCCAGCCAGGGUGGUGAGGCCCCCCGAGAUGUGAUCUCUGAGUCAGGCAGCAUCUACAUCUCUGGGCUGACUCCAGGGAUAGAGUACACCUACAGCAUCCAGCCUGUCAUCAACGGCAAGGAUCACGGCACCCCAGUUACGCACCGCGUCUUCACAGCUCCGUCUCCCCCCACCAACCUCAAUGUAGUGACCAACCAGCACACAGGCGAGCUGACUGCCCACUGGGAUGAGACCCAGACACCUGACAUAUCAGGGUACCGAGUGACUUGCACCCCGACCAAUGGCCAUCGUGGGAACUCUCUGGAGGAGUUUGUGAAGCCAGACCGGACCUAUUGUGUUCUGGAGAACCUGAGCCCAGGCAUUGAGUACAAUGUCAGUGUUUACACGGUCAAAAACGACAUGGAGAGUGUUCCUGUGUACACCACGGUCACCCAAGAUGUGCCCCGGCUAACUGACCUCAGAUUUGUCGAUGUCACCGACACCACUAUCGGCCUGAGGUGGACUCCAUUAAACUAUACCGCUGUCACGGGCUACCGCAUCACGGUGGUGGCAGCUGGGGAGACGGUCCCCAUUUUCGAGGACAUUGUGGAGCCCACCACAGGGUAUUACACCGUAUACGGACUGGAGCCUGGCAUCGACUAUGACAUCAGCGUCAUCACCGUCACUGAAGGCGGACAGAGCGAGCCCACCACACUCACACAGCAAACUGUUGUUCCUGCUCCCACUAAUCUGAAUUUUGGAGAUGUGGGCCCCGACACUAUGAAGGUGUCUUGGACAAUCCCAACGGCCCCCAGGACCACUGACCGGACCCGCUUUAUCGUCCGCUACUAUCCUAUCAACAAUUAUGACGACAUCAGUGAGCGUAGCGUGGCCGGGAACAGCAACAGCGUCCUUCUGCAAAACCUGUUGCCAAACACGGAGUACCUAGUGAAGGUGGUGACUGUAUAUGAGGAUCGUGAGAGUGUACCCGUCACAGGUACUCAGAGGACAGCUCUGGAUUCUCCCACGGGCCUGGACUUCUCUGAGGUGCUGACUAACUCCUUCACGGUCCACUGGGUGGCCCCUCGUGCUGUCCUCACUGGCUACCGGAUCCGCUACCAGAUGACCAGUGGUGGGCGUGCCAAGGAAGAACGGCUGCCCCCGACACGGAACUACUUUACCCUGACUGGCUUGACCCCCCUGACGGAGUACAUCAUCCACAUCUAUGCUGUUAGCGGCACCAGGGAAAGCCUGCCCUUGGUCGGCCGUCAGUCUACCGUCAGUGAUGCUCCUACUGACCUCGAAGUGGUCUCUACAACUCCCAACAGUAUCACCAUCCGUUGGGAUGCUCCCCCCAUCAUGGUCAGAUACUACAGGAUCACCUAUGGAGCGACAGGUGAACAUGAAACGCCCAAAGAGAUCACUGUACCUGGCAGCUGGUCUUCCACCACCAUUGAGGGCCUGCAACCUGGAACUGACUACACCAUCACCGUGUAUGCUGUAACAGGGAGGGGGGAUAGUCCUGCUUCCAGUACUCCUAUCUAUAUCACACACCGAACAGAUAUCAAAUCUCCUACUGGGAUGGAGGUGAAAGACAUGAAGGAUCAGACCAUUACUGUACGCUGGAGUGCGGCUCAAGGACCUGUCACUGGAUAUCGCGUCACUGGGGUACCAAAAAAUGGUGAAGGCCCCUCCUUCUCCAGGGUCGUUCCUCCUGACCAGACAGAAGUCACUAUCUCAAACCUGAUGCCUAACAUUGAGUAUGAGCUGAGUGUGAUCGCAAUGGGUCAGGAUGGAGGGAGUCAACCUGUUGUACAGUCGGCAGUCACCACUUUGGACCAUCCUAAGGAUCUGACCUUCUCCGAUGUGGAUACCACCUCAAUGAGGAUCAACUGGGAGAGCCCUGAAGAGAGAGUGACAUCCUACAGGGUGUUACUGCACAGCGCAGAGGAGGGAGAGCGUGAGCUUCAUCCCGCACCCCAUUCUGAGGAUGAGAGUACCGUGUUGCGCGGACUGCAUCCUGGGACUGAGUACACAGUUAAGGUCAUCGCCAUGCAUGGCCGUACACCCAGCCCACCUCUGGUGGGGACGCAGGCUACAGCCCUUCCUGCACCCACCAAACUGCAGUUCACUGAGGUGGGUCCCUCUACAUUCACCUUAGUCUGGCAUCCUCCAAAUGCACGGCUGACAGGGUACCGUGUGGUAGUCAACCCCAAGAGCAACAGUGGUCCUACCAAAGAGAUCAACUUGGCCCCUGAUCAAACCCAAGCCCUGGUAUCGGGACUCAUGAUUGCCACCACCUAUGAGGUGGAAGUAUACGCCCUUAAGAACUCUCUAACCAGUCGACCGGCGCGUGGAGAGAUCACCACCACAGAGAGUGUCAGUCCCCCUCGUCGUGUGCGAAUACUGGAAGCAAAGGACUCUUCCAUCACCCUCACCUGGCGUGCCAAGACAGAGCCAAUCUCUGGGUACCUGUUUGAGACCACACCCAUCGGUGGAGUCCACUCCCCUAUUCGGACAACUAUCUCAGGGGCGGAGCGCACCCACACCAUCUCAGGACUGCAGCCAGGAACUACGUACAACAUCAAUAUCUACACCCUAAACGGAAACAUUCGCAGCUCUCCCUACAUCCUCACUGCCAGCACAGCCAAGCCAAACGUUGAUUCUCCCAGAAACAUCCGUUUCACUUCUUUGACCCCCUAUACGAUCAGCUUUACCUGGGAGCCACCUCACACCCGCAUCACUGGCUACAUCGUCACGUACGAGGAGUCAGGAGGAUAUCCCCAGGAGCUGAUCCCUCGACCUCAUGCUGGCAUAAGCUACUCCACUAUUUCUGGUUUGAAACCUGGGACUGAAUACAUCAUUAAGGUCUUUGCCGUACAGGACACCAAGCGAAGCAUACCUCUCGUGGGGAAGGCCAGAACACAAAUGGACUCACAGCUGUCAGUGCCUCAGCUUCCCAUUCCCCACAGGCCUGGUCCUGAAAUCCUGGAUGUACCGCACACUGUGACUCCCGGUGAUGGUGGCAACAACGGCUUCCUUCCGCUGGACACUGGUGGUCAGGAUAGGUUCAAACAUCAGGGCCAACACAUCUACACAGAGGAGGACCACAAACAUCUGAAGGUCCCGAGCAGCCGCGAGUCGCUGAUCUACAUCCCAAGGCCAGGUCCUGAUGGGACACGGGUUCCCGUGGUGCGGGCCAGCGACGUUUCCGUGCCAGGCUUCCCCUUCCAGUUUGGAGGGAAUGACACCAGACUGCCCCAGGAGGCUCUCACCCAGACAACCAUCUCUUGGGAGCCUAUUCAGCACACCUCUGAAUACGUAGUGUCCUGCAACCCCAUCAGCAGCCUUAAUGAGAAGAUGUUCCAGGUCAGCUUGCCAGGAACUUCCACCAGCGCCAUGCUCAUUGGCCUCACAUCAGGGGCCUCUUACAAUGUCCUGGUAGAGGCUCUGCAGGGCUCCAAUAAGCAGAAGGUCCUGGAGAAGAUCAUCACAGCAGGCAACACUGUUCCAGGGGGCAUCCCCUCGAGCAGCGAUAUGUGCUACGACACGUUCACAGCCACCUACCACGAGGUGGGCGCUGAAUGGGAGCGCAUGUCUGAGACGGGCUUCAAGCUCUGGUGCAGAUGCCUUGGUCUGGGCAGUGGCCAUUUCAGAUGCGAUUCCUCCAAGUGGUGCCAUGACAAUGGUAACAAUUACCGCGUUGGUGAGAAGUGGGACCGUCAAGCUGAAAACGGGCAGACGAUGACCUGCACCUGCCUGGGCAACGGGAAGGGCGAGUUCAUGUGUAACCCACAUGAGUCCACCUGCUAUGAUGAUGGUAAGACGUACCAAGUGGGGAACCAGUGGCAGAAGGAGUACCUGGGAGCCAUUUGCACCUGUACAUGUUUUGGUGGACAGCAGGGCUGGCGCUGUGAGAAAUGUCAACGCCCAGGUGGAGACGUAGAUGCAGAUGUGGUGCAGCCUGUGCGCUCCAACGCUUUUGACCGCUACAGGGACAACAACCAGCACAAAGUGAAAAUCCAGUGCCCCAUUGAGUGCCUCCAACCAAGAUUCCUUGCAGACUCACAGAACCCCAGGGAGUAAACUGAACUUGACCCCCAACUCCACCCACAGUUCAUCUGGUCAGGGCUCCAAAUUGGAAGUUCAAACCACUGUCAAGCUGCUCUGCCGUCCACCUCCUGCCUUUAACUAGCACCUUGUACACAAGACCACCCUCAUGCUCAUUUCGCACCUGUUGUUGUCCUGGUUUUGCUUUGCUCUUUCAGAUGAAGGCUUUCCUUGCCACACAUAAUAUUAAGAAUGAGGUUGAGAAACAUUUCAGGAACACAUUAUCUUGAAAACAUCCAGAAAUUGGGACAAGGGCAACUGUAUUCAUGCCCUCUGCACCCCUCAGACUGUCAGGUUAUCCCUUUGUCUACCUGUAAGAGAGACCUACUACCUGAACUGUGUUCCUCUGUGCUUGACAUUUCCUGAGACAUGUUACUUUCAGGCUCCCUGUCCCAUAGUGCUGGAUUCCCCCCUGCUACUAUUGUACUUUAACAGAAAAUUCAAAAGAUCAAGCACUGCUGGAGGAAAAUGCAGGCUGAAAUAGCCCUCAUCUCCCCCUGGAGGUUACCCCAUAAUUAUUCAUAUGGGUUUAGUGUUUUGGGUGUCUCAGUGCCAGGUGCCUUGGACACAGCUGAACAUAAUGACUGGUAUUAAUACUUACUGAUUUUUUUUUUUGUGGAAAUUGUUCCAUUCUGUCUUUCCAAUUCUAUUUUUAUACUGUAGGUGCAAUCAUAACUACUGUGGACAGAAAAUUACCUUUUUAAAUAAAGUUUUACAAACAAUUA